AAAUGUCAAAAAUGCGUUCUGCACUUUGCAGUCCUGAUGGUUCAGUUCGUUUAGCUUGCCUCAGAACACUUUUUCAAAAUUUUGAUUCAUUUGAAUAUUCAUUGUUUGUGGAAGCAGUCAAAGAACUUUUUGCGAUUUUAAUAGAAGUUGAAGAGUGCCCAGCAGAUUUUAAUAAUUAUCGACAACGUGCUCAACUCCUUAGGCGUAUUAAAUUUACUUCAUUUGAGAAGAUCUUUUCUGACACUGAAAAUAAUAUUAAAGAAUUAGGAAAUGGAACAAAUAUAGCCAUGUUGGUAUUGGAUUGGCUUUUCGCGCAGUUUUACGAACGCUUUACCCUUUAUUGGCCAUUACUUGUUGAACCAAUAGAAUCUUAUGCUCGUGGAAUUGGUUUUGAUGGAUUUUGGAAUUGUUUUGAAAAUGCUAUGGAUUUUUGUUGGGAAAAAAUUUUUGAAAUGAAAAAGGAAAAGGAAGGAGAAAGCAGUCAACAACUUCCUCCAGAUUUUAAAGCUUUUCGACUUCAACUUUUACGUCUACUAAUUAAACUUCCAAUUAAUACAAUAAAACCGGAAAAGAAAACAAAAUAUUUAUCUCCAAAAUUUUUGCGCUUAUACAGAGAAGAAUUCGUUCAAAUAGAUGAAUUUGUCAAUACUUCAAAAAUGGAAGAGGAAAAUGAAGGGAGCAAAACAAAUAAUGAUGAUCAAGGAAAAGAAUAUCUACGCCCAUUAAACUUUAAUUCAAAAACAGAAGCAAUUAAACCAUUAAAAGCUAUGCUUUCUUUAUUUGGCAAAUUUAAUAAUCCUAAGCAAAUUUACAAAGAAGAAGAAAUAAAAGAAAUGUAUUAUGAGGUUAUUUGA